AUGAACCCUUCUUACCCACCACAGGGACCUCCUCCGGGUAGUAUGCCUCCUCCUGGAGGAGCUCCUGGUCUCCAGCGGCCUGCGGGUAGUAGCAAUUUGAACUACUUUACCGACAAGAAGAAGGGUGAAGUGAACGAACUUAAGAACCUACUUCGUGAAGUGACCGUGGAAAAGGAUGUCAAGCGCAAGCGUGAGAUCAUUAAGAAAGUCAUUGCUUAUAUGACCCUAGGCAUUGACGUUUCUCGUCUCUUUAGUGAGAUGGUACUAUGUGUCGACACAAAGGACCUGAUUUCAAAGAAAAUGGUGUAUCUCUACCUCACAAAUUAUGCCCAAAAGAACUCAGAACUGGCUAUUAUGUGCAUCAAUACGUUGCUCAAUGAUUGUCGCAAUGAAGACCCAAUGGUGCGUGGUCUUGCACUACGGUCGCUAUGUUCAUUACGUCUGGAUUCCAUCCUUGAGUACAUUCACGACCCAUUACAGGCAUCACUUACGGACACGAGCGCGUACGUCCGGAAGACAGGCGUCAUUGGCAUUUUGAAGGUCUAUUCGCUCAAUCCAGAGAUCAUCAAGGAAAGUGAUAUGAUCGAUACGUUGUAUAAUAUGAUUCGUGAUCGUGAUCCACAAGUGGUUUCUAAUUGUUUGGUGGCUCUAAACGAGAUCAUGACGGACGAAGGUGGCAUUGCUAUUAAUCAACCAAUUGUAAUGCACUUGUUGAGUCGUAUCUCGGAUUUUAAUGAGUGGGGACAGUGUAAUAUUCUUCAGAUUGUGGCAAAGUAUAAACCUGCUGGACCAGAUGAGGUUUUUACGAUUAUGAAUACACUGGAGCAGUGUCUGCGUGUCUCGAGCAGUGCUGUCGUGUUAGGCACGGCCAAGUGUUUUUUCAAUCUCACUCAAGCUCGGGGGAUGGAACAGAUUCAGGAUCAAGUGUUUGAGCGGAUGCGCCAACCUCUGCUCACUUUGAUGGCAGGUGGCAGUCACGAGAUUAAUUACUGCGUGCUACACCAUAUUUUGCUUCUGGUGGGGAAGAAACCGCAAGUGUUUAGCCGCGACUACCGUCAAUUUUACAACCGGUACAACGAGCCUACGCACGUCAAGUAUGUCAAGAUCGACAUCUUGGCUCUAGUCGCUGAUGGUGCCAACGUGGCUGACAUUGUCACGGAGCUGAGUGAGUACGUAACGGACGUAGACCAGGAGCUGGCUCGCCGCGCGAUUCAUGCGAUUGCCGGCGUAGCUGUGAGCCCCAACUUGUCCGUAAACACGGUGCUACAUCAGUACCCGGGCGGAAGCAAUGUGCCGGAGGCCUACGGUCAGCAGGCGGCCCAACAGCUUAUGGAACAGAUGCAAGAUCACAUUAUGGACACGAUGGUGGACUUCCUGGAACUGGACCUCGAUUAUGUGCGCGAUGAAAGUCUUGUAGUAAUGAAAGACUUGCUCCGCAAGUACCCAGAGAAGCGCCACGACGUUUUACCCGUGUUGGCUCGUAUUGUCGCCGCAGUGGAGCAGCCGACUGCCAAAGCUGCAGUUGUGUGGAUGCUUGGUGAGUUCGGCCAGGAUCUUCGUCGCGCACCGUACGUACUGGAGAAGCUUAUCGAUGACUUUAGUAGCGAGGCCGCCCCGUCCGUGCUGCUCGAGCUGCUUGCGGCGACGAUGAAGCUGUUCUUCAAGCGUCCUCCUGAGAUGCAAAGUAUGCUGGGACGACUGCUUAGUUCUGCCAUUAACGAUUCAAACCACCAAGACGUGCGUGAUCGUGCUCUACUCUACUACCGUCUGCUUGGGCAGCAACCAACAGAACAGGCGGCCGCAAUUGUGGCACAAUUUUGCACGGAAGAGACGGUUCGCGUGUUUGCGGAGUCUAUCGAGACGGACCUUGAGGACAAGUUGUUCCAGGAGUUCAACUCGCUUGCUGUGGUAUACAACAAACCCAGCGAGCUCUUUGUGUCAGCUUCGCACUUGGCUGGCACGGCUGCGCCUCUUGAAGAUGAAGAAGAAGAAGAAGAAGAGGAAGACAAGGAAGACGAAACCUGCGACGAUAGUGCUCUUCCGCAGCAACAACAUCAACAGCAGCAGCAUAACUUGGCGCCGUCUUCGCAGCCAGCAGCACCCAGCAUGGACCUGCUGGACAUGGAUUUCGGCUCUGCUCCAGUUAUCGCUCCGCCUCAGAUAGCAGGCCCCGCUUUCGCGCUGGUCCCGACGCCAGUCAUGGACGCUCCUACGUUUCAGGGUCAAUGGAGCAGCAGAGCUGUGGUGGCUGAGGUAGUGGUUCAGCUGCCAGUUUUGCCUCCGCAAGACGAGCUGGAGCAGGCAUUUGCAUUGCGUGGCAUCGUGACGAUGGCUUCAGGUGACGUGGGUCCGCAGUACAAAUUCUUUUUUUACGCUCAAGACACGCAGGGCCGUUACUUCAUGUCCGAGACACUCGUAGAGAAGGCAAACCGCACACUACGAGCCACCAUUAAAGGCGAGGACGAGAUGUCAGGAUCCCAGUUUGCUGACCUUAUGCGUCGUGUACUGUUCGGUUGA